UCUCCACCAUCCGGUAACAUCGUGUCUACGCAUCGGGACUGCGCUCAAUGCCCGUCAUCAUGCCUCCUCAAAACACACCGUUUGCACUGUCGGAUGAAAUCUGAAAUUGGCUCAGAUGGUCAUCGGAUGAGUCUGUAUCCAUCGAAAUUUGGAAUUUUGUCCGUUGGGUCGUGCUUCAGUUCAGAGAAAUAAGACUGGCAUAGACUUGCGCGUGCAUCUUCAGAGCGGGCUAGGACGCAACUGUAUUUACAUUCACAGUUUAACAGGACCACAGGAUUGGAAUGGCCUCCUUAUCAACCCCAUCACACAGAUAUUAGCCAUGUGAAAGAUCUGGCAUUACAAAAUGGGGAUGGCUGAGAGAUUAUGUGUGGUGGUAAGCAGCUGAGGUUGGCUGUGAUCUGGAUCUUCUCUACAGGUUGAGAGCAUGUACAGGAGGAAUGGGCUCCCUGCCAGCGUCAGCAUCACCUCUGGCCAGGACAGCAGCAGUUCAGAGUCUCUGGAUGGACGGAGCAUGGACUCUGCUAAGAGUUUUGACGCGGUGGUGUUUGACAUGCUCAAAGUGACACCUGAGGAGUUUGCUAGUCAGAUCACUUUGAUGGAUGCUCCUGUAUUCAAAGCAAUACAGCCUGAGGAGCUGGCAAGCUGUGGAUGGAACAAGAAGGAGAAGCACAGCCUUUCACCCAAUGUUGUGGCCUUUACGAGGAGAUUCAACCAGGUGAGCUUCUGGGCAGUGAGGGAGAUCUUAACAGCUCAGACACUCAAAAUACGAGCCGAAAUUUUGGGACACUUCAUCAAAAUUGCAAAGAAACUGCUGGAGUCGAAUAACCUGCAUUCGUUGGUGUCGGUGGUCUCUGCUCUUCAGAGUGCUCCCAUUUUCAGACUGAGCAAAACCUGGGCGUUGAUCAGUCGAAAGGACAAGGCCACCUUUGAGAAGCUGGAUUUCCUCACGUCGAAGGAGGAGAAUUACAACCGCAUGAGAGAGUACAUCAGAUCCCUCAAAAUGAACCCCUGCAUCCCUUACCUGGGAAUUUACCUGUUUGAUAUGACCUACAUUGACUCCGCCUACCCUGCUUCUGACAGCAUCAUAGAGACUGAGCAAAGAACCAAUCAGAUGAACAAUCUUUUGCGCAUCAUCUCCGACCUUCAGGUCUCCUGUAACUAUGAUCAUUUGGUCACGUUACCACAUGUGCAGAAGUAUCUGAUGUCAGUGCGAUACAUUGAAGAGUUGCAGAAAUUUGUUGAGGACGACAAUUACAAACUAUCAUUGAAGAUCGAACCUGGGAACAGCUCGCCACGUCUGGUGUCCUCUAAAGAAGACCUUGGAGGUAAGGUCUUUAUGGCCCCAGAUGCGUCAGCCUCAGUAAGAUAUAACCGCCGGCCGACCUGUCCUGAUACAUCAGUUGUUGCCCACCUCCCGACCUCACCCCCGGCCCGCCACAGGAAGAGUCACAGCCUGGGGAAUAAUAUGAUGUGCCAGUUUGCUGUAGCAGAGAGCAAAAGUGCAACUUUUCCAGCUAAAGAAAAGGCCAGACAUCUUUUGGAUGAUAGUUUCUUAGAAUCACACAGCCCUGUGAGAAACCACACGUAUGAUUCAGUGUUCACCAAUGGCAUUUCACUGGGCAGUAGACAAAGUUCUUUUAGCGAUGAAUUGUCAACUACAGUUGAGAGAGGUCGUAUGUAUUCAACUCUCGGCCCAAACUGGCGAGUCCCUGUCUGUAACUCCGCUAGAAGCAGAAGUUAUAUAUACAGUAUCCCUGGGGCGGUGUCCAGCUAUGAAUGCAGUUCUUUGAGCAGUAUAACCAUUGAAGGUCCCUUACGGAGAAAGACUUUGAUGAAGGAGGGUAAAAAACCCACUCUCUCCUCUUGGCGGCGAUACUGGAUUGUCCUAUCUGGCUGUAUUCUCAUCUAUUUUGGUUCCAAAGCACUAAGAGCAAAUGAGAGAAGACACUAUAAAUCCAGGCCGUGUAAAAAGAUCACACUCACAGGUUGGAUGGUGGCACUGCCUGACAUCGCUGAACAUCCCAACAUUUUCCAGCUCACUGAUCCUGAAAGAGGCAAUGUUUACAAGUUCCAGACUGGAUCUCGUUUCUCUGCUGUUAUCUGGCACAAACAUCUGGCAGAGGCUUGCAGAAGUACAAGACCACAGAUACCAGCAAACCUCAUGUCCUUUGAAUAGGCCUGGAGAGUGAUAACAAAUUCAUGUGAAUAACUAAAAAUGUGAACAAUUUUUGAACCGUAUCUAGCCAACUGGGAAUGAAAUUUUUACACUUUGAAGAAAGAAGAAGAACAAGAAACAAACUGUGUUUCUCGCACUUCAACCUCUGUGCAAAUGGACAUAAUAUUGCUGGAAACGAAGAGGCAGCUGAAUAAGUUGAGAAAGUCGGAAUCUAAUUUGGAUGAAACACAUCUGUGCCCACAGAAGAUGUCGUCUGGAAUUCAGUAUUACAUAAAAAACCUAAAGCUGUGAGUGAAAUAUGUUGUAAAUAAUGUGUAUAAAUAACAAUAUCUAAUUGAUGUUUCCAUGUGACUAAGUGCCAACUUUAUGACUUGUAUUGUUACACUUUUUCUCAAUUGAUUUAGCACAUUUCUCAUUCUGAAUGAGUCAUAAUUUCCCUAAAUAUUUAUCUCAAAUAAUGCAGAAAGAAAAGUUGUUUAUGGCUGCUGUCAUUGGUCAGUGUUGCUGGUCACUGAGGAACCUGUCACAGGACAACAUAGUGAGGUAGUGAGGUUAUUACUGUUAUUUUAUACACUCAAAUAAAAGCUUGAUAGACAUGAAAGAGGUUUUAUGUUCUUGUUGCUGAUGUGUGUGGUUUUAAAAGUACCCACAAUUUGAUGAUGUUGCUUUCAAUAUAGUCCUCAAAAAUGAGAAAAAUAAAUAAAAAAGACUGAGUUUAUCAUUUUGAGAGCAUCGACAUAAGCAUAAAAAUGUGCAUAAAAUCGAUUCAGAUCAACUGUGAACUUAUAAGCUUUAUGUUAAAUUCAUGUUUGUUGUUUAAGAGUACCUUGAGUGGAAGGUACUUCCUACCAAAAGUGGAAGUUGGAACACAGUCUAACCCUGCAUACCAGUUCAUUUGUAAUGAUGUCACACACAUUUCACUUUCUUGUGGGUAAAAUAUAGAUUUUUAUUAUAUGCACAUUACCUGCAGUAAAUUGUGCUUGUAAAACUUUUGACAGUAAAUUGACCCUCCUCAGUAACCUUCACAAGGCCAGUUCACAUCAACAGUAUUUACAUUUAACUCUUUCCCCGCCGUUAAUGAAAGUUUCUGUCAUUUAUAACACAAGUGGUGAACUUGUCAUUAACAAGUUUGUCUGGGUUUUCAUGUUUUCAGUGAUAUACAAUACAGAACCUUGGAAAUUAUAAGGUUAUCUGCAUUCAGAUUUUUGAGAUAUUUAAAGGAUAAUGGAUUUUUGAAACAUGUCAAAUGCAAACAGAACCUUCUAAUUCUAAAAAAAUAAAAAGUUAUUGCUUGGAAUUAAAAAGUGCUAUCUUGCAAAACAUUAGCUAAUGCAAUAAUUCUUAGGCAACGCAAACAGUUUUCUUAAAUUAUUAUUAUAUAAAGUGUUGACAGGGUAUAAAAAGUUACAUUGAACCAAGUUAAAAACAUCCAGAAAUUCACACAACUUAAAGAAACAACAUCACAUAAAUAUGUAAAUACGUUUACACAGAAUAAAAUGUGAAUAAAUCAAAAGUUAUUAAAUGUGAUACAAAUGUUGAUAGAUUAAAAGGUGACAAUUAGGGAUCGGAUUUGAUAUAUUGUAUAUUUUUAUAUAGAUACAAAUAUUCUGGGCCAUGGGGGCCAUCAAAGUUUAUGAUUUAAAUGAUAAAAAAUGCUAGUUCUCAUUGACAAUCUUUGAAAAAAUCAGUAGUGGGGAAACAGUUAAAUGCAAAACAGACAAAGAUUGUGGAUUGCCAAAUUCUGUACACAAAAACCACACUGAAAUUCAUAAAUGUGUGCCAAACUUGUUGUUCACUUUGAGGUUCUACAAGGUCUAGUGACACCUACAGUAAAGUAUUGACAAAAUGUUAUGGCUUUAUGAUAUCUGAAUUCUUCUCGGCAGUGGUGUAAUUGUACUUUCUUACAGUUUUUAAGUAUGAGAUUCAUUACUAACACUGGUUACUUUCAUCUUAUUUAUACCUUGAAAGGUACAGUCAUCUUGAUGGUAUGCCUCUGUUUGUAAAACUAAAGAAUGAAAAAUACAUUUGUAGAUAGAUGGAGUAAAUUAUACAGUUUGAGGUGGGGCCACUUUUCUGAUUGGACUACUGCUUCACGACUGUGAUGUUUAGAGUUAUAUUACACCUAUAAUUCUUUCAAAACUCAAAACAACCAGGUAGUAAAAACUGUUAAUUACAAAACAGAAACCAGAAAGACACCAUCAGAUGCAACUGCCACUUAGUCUUGUGGGUUUAAUGUUCUCUUAAUCAGAAUUUACUCAGCAAAUGCGUUUCCAUUUUUCGCAUUAACUGAUUUUAACUGAUUUCCAUCAUACGUUUCUGAUGCGAAACUUCACAUGUGCAUAAAACCAGGGUGAUGGAAAACCGACUUGUGACAAGAGUAUCUCUUAGUGAAGUGGUUUCCAUUCAUCUUACAGUUACAGAAUCAAUCAAAAUGUUAAUUUGCACUUCAGAAUCUUUCUCCUCCUUGUGCAAAGAUUAGUUCUUUUGGGAAAACUUUAAUGGAUUUUUUAGUCCCAGUUCACUUAGUUCGGCUAAUUAUUUAGUUUCUAUAUUUUUUGCUUAUAUUUAAUUACAACAAAGGCUUGUAUAAAUUGUAAAGUACAUUGCAAAAGUCAAGCAUUUUACACAAUGACACAUGUUUAUAAUGUGCAGAAAUACUACACA